AUGGCGACAUCUACGAAAGAUGACAAUAGAGAGUCAAAGAAAAAGAAGAUAGAAGAUGGGAACACGGAUGUGGAUCCUCGGCUAUGGCAUGCUGUUGCUGGAACAACUGUGCAGAUUCCACAAGUUAACUCUAAGAUCUUCUACUUCCCUCAAGGUCAUGCCGAGCAUGCAUAUGAACCUGUCCACUUUCCUGAUGACAUCAACAUUCCAUACAAAAUUCCAUGUAGAGUUGCAGCUAUUCAUUAUAUGGUUGAUCCCGACACAGAUGAAGUGCAUGCAAAACUCAGGCUUGUUCCUCUGCAUCCUAGCGAUGUUAGUUUUGAUGAUGACGCUGUUGCUGGCGUCGAUGACAUGUCUGUAACUAAGAAUCAAUAUCAAUCUUAUACGAAAACCUUGUCAGAAUCUGAUAUAAACAAGAGUGGUGGAUUCUCUUGUCCUAAGAAGUGUGCAGAAACAUUUUUUCCUCCAUUAGACUAUUCAGGUAAACCUACUUCUCAGAAGAUUUAUCUAACAGAUGUUCAAGGCAAAACGUGGGAAAUAAAACAUUUUUAUAGGGGCUCGAAGCGGCAUGUGUUAUCAACUGGGUGGGCUGAUUUUGUAACCAAGAAGCGACUUGUUUCGGGGGAUUCACUUGUGUUUACGAGAGCUGAAAACGGUGAUCUUCAUAUUGGAAUUCGAAGGUGUAAAAGACAAAAAGACUUUGGAUUUAACCCUUCAUCUGGAAAUGAAUUGAGAAUAAGUGAUAAGGUGAUGGGAUUUGGAAACGUGAAGGCUGAAGAUGUUAUUGAAGCAGUAAAACUCGGUGUCAAUAUGCAACCGUUUGAUGUGGUUUACUAUCCUCAUGUUGGUACUCCCGAGUUUUUUGUGAAAACCUCUUUAGUUAGAACAGCACUUGAGACUAGGUGGGAUUGUGGAAUGAGGUUCAAGAUGGCCUUUGAAACUGAAGACUCGUCAAAGAUAAAUUGGUUUAUCGGAACAAUUGCUUCUGUUCAAGCUGCUGAUCCAGCAUGGCCAGACUCUCUUUGGAGACUUCUGCAGGUUACAUGGGGUGAACCUAAUUUGCUGACAAAUACCAACAGGCUGAAUCCCUGGCAAGUUGAUAUAUCACAGUAUGUGCCACCUACGAUCCCUUUUUCCCCUAUCUUGCCUGAACUGGGAUUGCCUGAACUCCCAACUGUCAUGGAUGGCCAAUUUUCAGUGCCAUCUUUUCCAAACAACUCUCAAACACCAAACGUUCCAAUUUUGUGUAGUCCUACAGGCAUGCAGGGAGACAUGAAUGAUAAUUGUAGUCCCUUGAAGCCUUAUUUCCAACAACCAUUUAAUCACGAUGAUGCUACAACAUUGACAACAAUCUCUAAUAACCCGGUAUUGCAAAUGCCAAGCGCCAUUGAGAAUGUUUCGUGCUCUACACAACCAUCAGAGACACUGGAUUAUGCGAAGCUGGAAGAGUUUCUGGCUUUUGACCAAACAAUAGAAAUUGACUCGGGAAAUGAAAAUGUUGAGAAAAAAAUCGCUAAUUAUUCUUCUGAUCUUCUACAAGACCUGUCAAAAGGUUCCUCUGGUGAGAGGCUGGAGUGUAAUCCCGAGAACCAAUGCAAAAAAGAUGCUUCGGAAGGAGAAACAGUGGAGAUUGAAGAUUCAGGUAAUAUUUUUGAUGCUGUUUCAGCGAGUUCAUCAAAAGAGGCAGUGUGA